AUGAACAAGUUGGCUUUAUUCGUUCUGUUUUUAACUUUCAUCCAAGCCUGUGCACAAUGGGGAUGGGGACCACCAUCUCCAUGGGGAUUCAGACCUUCACCAUUCUGGGGAGGACGUCCUGGAUGGGGUGGAGGGGGACCCGGAUGGGGUAGAGGAGGAGGAGGCGGAUGGGGUGGAGGAGACCGUGGUGGCUGGGGGAAUAAUGGAGGCGGAAACUGGGGUGGCGGCGGUAAUAAUGGAGGAUGGGGAGGUAACAAUGGCGGAGGAGGUGGCGGAGGACGUGGAGGAGGCGGUGGAGGAGGUCGCGGAGGCGGUGGCGCUGGACGUGGAGGCGGAGGAGGCCGAGGCGGCGGAGGUGGAGGAAGAGGUGGUGGAGGCCGAGGCGGCGGAGGUGGCAGAGGAGGUGGUCGUGGAAAAGGAUAA